GAUCUUGUGCCAAUUUGGACCACACGUCACGUCAAUGGCUCGUUAUCUCCGAUCAGAUGGCUGCAUGCUCUUGAAGCAGACAACGCAACUGCUCAAGGACAUUGCGAAAGUCAGGAUCUUCACCUCUGCCAACGUUGUGUGCAAUGGUCUGUCGGUGGGUACAUGACAACACUUGUGAUUAUUGAGAGGAUUUUGGGGAUGAUACGAGUGGUCGCACUGGUAUAUAAUGAGGUUCUCAGUACCGCCAAGUGGCACAUCAUCCACAUCUUCUCCAGUCUCAUCCACUACCAUCUCUUCAAAUCCAGCCAUCCUCACUCAAUCAACCGCAACUACUCCUCCAACAUGGUUCAAUUCACUACUCUUUUGACCGCUGCUUUGGCCGGUGUCUCCUUCGCCGCUCCUCUUGAGAGCCGCGCUUCUUCUUCUCCAGCCGACAACGCAAACAACGUCGUCUGCGGUGCUCUCCUCUCCCCUCUCACUCAAGUCUUCGACUACCAGUCCGGCAAUGUUGGUGGUAACGUCGAAGAUGUUCUCGCUGCUGCCAACAACAUUCUUUCCGAAGCCAAGCUCCCCAAGGAUGUUGAGAGCAUCUUGUCCAGCGUGACUGGUGGAAUUGUCGGAUCCGUUACCAACGGUGUCAGCAAUAUCCUCUACGGUCUUUCUACCGCCGCCGAGAAUGUGGACUCCGAGUGCCGUACCAACGCUGCCUACUGCACAAACGAGUUGGGUGCCGCUCGUGCAGCAUGCGCUUCUAACCAGAAGGCUCAGGCCCAGGACGGCUGUCUUCAAGCCAAGUACACAUGUGCCCGCAACGGUCUUCUCACAUCUGACCAAGUCAACAAGAUGGCGCCUUGCUGUUCUCAGUACACCGGUUCUGCUGCUGCUGCUGGUUUCUCGUAGAGGUUGAGCUUCUCGAUAUCAUGAUUAUGACGGGUCCUUGGUUGGUGCUCAAGGUUUUUGGAUGGAACAUAUCUA